AUGAGAGCUGGCACGGGCUCAAGCAAACUGAAUAUUGGCACGCCCAAUCAACGCAACUUACCUCCACUGAAACUUCCGACCUUUAACGACCUCAAAGGCCAGUUCAAGAGAACUUCUACCCGUGCUCGGUCGAAAGCCAAACGGGAAGGUGAUCUGGAUGAUAUUCAUGCAGAGACAUUUGAGCUCGACGAUGUGUUUGUCAGCAGCAGUGUGGUCCCUGGGAGAAGAGGAAGACAAGUCGGCAAAGGAUCCACAGCCACUAUCAAGAUCAUGUAUAGAAGAGAGAUGCGCAAAGAUCUGUAUGCUGUCAAAGAGUUCCGAAAGCGCAGCCAGGAUGAAAACGAAAACGAUUACGAAAACAAGAUCAAGUCGGAGUUCACCAUUGCAAGAAGCCUACAACAUCCGAAUAUAGUGGCAUCAGCCUGCCUCUGCACCCAUCGAGGUCGCUGGAUUCACACCAUGGAAUACUGCGGUCAAGGGGACCUAUUUUCUCUCCUCAAGCAUGGUCACCUCAAGACUGAGGAUAAGUUGUGUUUCUUCAAGCAACUUCUCCAAGGUGUUGCACAUUUGCAUAGUCGGGGAAUUGCACAUCGUGACAUCAAGCCAGAGAACCUGCUCUUGGAUGACAAGGGUCAUCUCAAGAUUACUGAUUUUGGUGUUGCGGUAGUAUUUCGUGGCCCUCAUCCCGGAAUGCGGGCUGCAUAUUAUGAUUGCGCCCAAGAUCCUGACGAAAUUCGUAAAUGUGCACCUGGAAUAAGCGGUAGUUUACCAUACAUUGCGCCAGAGGUUCUAAGCAGGGACGCUGAGUAUGAUCCACGGCCACUUGAUGUCUGGUCAUGCGCCAUUGUUUGCUUUACCCUAUUCAUUUGCGGUACACCCUGGCAAGCUGCAGACCUGAAGGACUCCAAAUAUGGUCGCUUCCUUACAGGCUGGGAAAGAUUCUUACAGGAAAGACCUGACGGAGUGGUGGACAGUCUCAACUAUCCAAGGUGUGGAAUGGUAUUCAAAGCUCUUCCGACACCUGUGCUCCGACGUCUUCUUUUACGAAUGCUUCACCCAGACCCAGUAAAACGGCUUAAUAUCUUCGGAGCUUUAAAUGAUCGUUGGGUGAGGACUAUCGACUGUUGCUGUCCUGAUCCAGAGAAUCCGCCCUGGGCAAUCCAGUAUUCCGAUGCAAUGAGAAUGGGUAGCUAUCGACUGGCAAACAGGAAGCACAACCACUUCCCGCCGAUCAAGAAGGGAAUUUUCCAAUCCCUAGGGAUCUGA